CCUUCAAUAGUUAAUGGUUAACUUGCCAAUAUAAGGGUUGCUGAGUUACUUACACUUACGGAUGAAAAGUCAGAUUAAUAACGCUUUCAGCUCGAGUGAAAUUCUAUCCAAACUUUAGAUUUGUUAAAAAAAGAACUAACAUACAAGAAUCACUAUGUGUCUCUACACCAUCGCAAAGUAUCUUCUAUUUGCUUUUAACUUUGUUUUCUGGCUGGCGGGCGCGGGAACAUUGGGUGUUGGUAUCUGGCUUCUUGUAGAUCCCACAAUACAAGACUCUAUUGAUUUAGCGGGUCUUCAAAUCUACGAAGCAGGAGCCAUAGUGUUUGUCGCAGCUGGUUCGCUUAUUCUAAUAAUUGGUUUCCUGGGUUGCUGUGGAGCAAUAAAGGAAAGCACUUGUCUGUUGGGAACUUAUUUCGGUUUUCUAUUCGUCAUCUUUGGGUUACAACUUGGAAUUGGGAUAUGGGCGCUUGUCAGCUACGAUUCGAUGCAAGCCGCUAUAAACGAUGCCAUGGCAGUUCCACUUAAUAGUAAGCUAAACAGAAAUGAUGAUGCAAAUUACAUUGGAGUGGAACAGAAUCUCCAAUGUUGCGGAGCUACCAGAGGUUGCAAAGAUUGGGAGACAGCGUCAGCAAGUUACGGUUGUGGUUGUGACCCGACCAGUUCCGACUUAAAGAACAUUUCAAACUGUGUGCCCGCUCAUACAUUGAAUUGCAAUCAAGACCAAAACAAGAAAACAUCAACAACAAACUACAUUUACGUACAGCCUUGUUCUACAGCAAUUUAUGAUUUGAUCUACGACAACUUAACGAUUGUUGGAGCUAUCGGCCUUGCUGUAGCAGGAACAGAGAUUCUAGGUAUGAUCAUAUCGCUGUGUUUGUGCUGCUCAAUCAGGAAGAAAGAGGAUCGGCAGUUAUAAGGCAUAUGAACACAUUAAAAAUGAACUUCACAAUCUUCUUCUUAUAACACAACUCUGGCAUUGGAAUUAAUUUACACACCAAUGUAAUAUAUGUGUUUGUUUUGACACCCAAUAAUUUAACCCAGCAAUCAUUACGUCAUAUAAGUUAUUUUUAAAAUCAUACCCAAAAGACGACGACUAAGCUGGAUUUUCCAAAAUGCUUUCGAUAUACAGUUGGUAAACUUACUUGCGCUGUUAUGAUGCUUGAAUGAAGUUAAGAGCAGCCAAAUAUA